UUUGGCGGUCAGGAGUUCCCAGGCGCACAGUCUGAGGGAGAAGGCUGAAGAGUGGUGUUCCCCGCCAAACUGGCAAUGGUGCUCCCCGCUCACUCUUGGGAUUGAAACUCGGAGUCACCGCCCGGACCCACGCCAGGGCCGGGACAGGCACCGCCAUUCCUGCAGCGGAUUCUACUCGACCGCUCCCGCCCCGCUCGGCCCACAGAGUGCAAUGGCGGCGCCGUCGCUGGGGAACUUCGCUGAGGUUGGCGUGACCUUUGAGGACAUUGCCCUGUACUUCUCCAGGGAGGAAUGGAGCCUCCUUGAUGAGGGUCAGAGACAGCUGUACCUGAAUGUGAUGCUGGAGAACUUUGAACUUGUAUCCUCCCUGGGUUGCUGCUGUGGAGCAGAGAAUGUGGAGGCCCCGACUGAACAGAAGGUUUCUGUAAGGGUGUCACAGGCAAGGAAUCCCAAGAUGCGUGAGAUCAUGUGAUACAAGAAAUACACUUACGAGAACCUUAAAUGAGACAAGCCAUAAUGGUUGUGCUGAGAGGCACAGGAAUCAGUCUGUAGUGAGUUUCUUUCUGGGCCAACAGUUCCUUUGAGUCCCAAUUUCAAUGUCAAACAGUUCCUUACGUGUACAUGUCAGCAAUGAUAUUUCAGUUCUGGAUGGUGGACAAAUGGUGGUAAUGCAAGUCCGACCAUCUCUGGUUUGGUCCUGGGCAACCUUCAACAACGCACAGCUGCUGUCUGCUAGUAUGGCAAGGCGUCGUCAGCGUCUUCCAUCUCUGGACUGUUUCUCUUCUGUCUUCAUGGCUGGAGCAGUCCUGUCAAUUCCUCUCUGUUGCAGGAAUCCAGGUGGACUUGGAGUUGUUUUCUGAAAAUAUACAAACAUAAUCUCGACCAAAAGUAAAUAAAGGAAUAUUUUCUAUAAAUUUGA